AUGGUGUCCACAGAAACGAUUGAAGACCCUAAGACGAUCGGCAUGCUGAACAAGAUAGGGUACAGAAACCUCGGUUAUCUCGGGGCGCUCGUGCAGAAGUGGGAAAACAUGGCCGACGAAGAAGUUUCGUUCACGGAGUGGGUACUCGACAACGGGUUCAUCGAGUCCACGACCAAGUUCGCGGAUGCCGCCAGGCAGCAGAGUAAAGUUGACUCUGGGAACAUGAAGUACUUGAAAAAGGAGUUGGAAGAAACGAGAGAAGAGCUGUCGGAGACUAAGAAGGACGUCGCGCGACUCGUGAGCGUCAACAGGGACCUGUACGACAAGAUCGACAAGAUGCUCCACCCGCACGCAAUCGCCGUCAACGACAUCCGGGACACCUUGAUUGCAUUCAACAAAGAGAACCCCGCCGCGGUAGCCAACGGUAGCGGCGUGACGUUCGGCACAGGACACGUCAAAAUCAACAGCGUCGACAGACUGGGGGAAUUUCUGGCGACGGUGCAUGCGCGUAAGUUGGGUCUGCCGUCCAACAUCCUCACGACUCUCCGGGUGUUUGUUUUGGAGGGGAAGUUGGUGACUCUCAGCGAUGAAUACCAUGGUGGCGUCGGGUACUCGUUUCUGUGGAAGAAGAAGAAGAAGAGCUGGGGCGUGGAGGGUUGGGCGUCGGAACAGGCCAAGAAGUGCGAUCCUAGGUUGGGAAUCGACCCGGCGACGGGUGUAAACUACGUCGACCCGGAAACGGGUAAGAUGUGGAUCUACCCCGACCUUUUGAAGCAGGAGAGUGGUGGUGACUCCAAGAAGAGAGGUGUAUCAGAGACAACACCCGAGUCGGUGGCGAAGAAGAUGAAGUCGGGCGAGGAGUCGGAGAAACACGGGGAGAUCAGCAACCCGGAUGACGGUGGCGGUAGCUCAGUUUCAGUUUCAGUUUCAGUUUCCGUUUCGGGGUCGGAGCAGGGGCAGGAGCAGGAGCAGGAGCAGGAGCAGGAACAGGAGCAAGUGGAGAAGGAAGAAGGAGAGGUUAUUCUUCCGUGA